UCCUCUGCACACGGCCGAGCAUCCUGAGCUCCCUGUUUCUGCUGCUGCUGCUGCUGCUGCUGCUCACUGGGACUUUUAAACUCAUAACUUGGAGCUUCACUCCACAAAAACACACUACUGAGGAAGAGUUGGAAUUUGACAGGUGUGAAGGUGUUUCUGCAACAGGUAAAAUAUGAUAAGGUGGACUGUGCUGCUGUCUGUGUGUCUGAAUGUCAUCUCAGCAUCAUUUGACUACAUUUAUGAGGAGCACUCCUUUAUGGACCCAGAGGAUGUGCUGAGUGUGAGCAUUCCCCUGGAGGACCCCCAGCGCCCUCUACUGGGAGGAACAAUAGUCAUACCAUGUUACUUUGAGGAUCACACUGUCCCAGACCCAGGAGCUCCCACCAUCAUCCCCCUCUCUCAUCGAAUCAAAUGGAGCCAUGUCACAAAAGAAAAAGUCACUACUAUCCUUGUAGCCUUGGAAGGACAGGUGCGUAUCACCGAGAAUUACCUGGAUAGAGUUCAGCUGGUGGGCUACCCCAAAACCCCAACAGACGCUAGCAUCAAGAUAUCUGAUCUACGAUCCAGUGACACAGGAGUUUAUCGCUGUGAGGUUCAGCAUGGCAUUGAGGACAACCACGACAUUGUCCAUCUGCAGGUUCAAGGUAUUGUGUUUCACUACAGGGCCAUCAUGGGUCGCUACAGUCUAACUUUUGAUAAAGCAAAGGCAGCAUGCGACCAGAACAGUGCAGUCAUGGCUUCACCUGAACAGCUUCAAGCAGCCUAUGAUGAUGGUUUCCACCAGUGUGAUGCUGGCUGGCUCUCCGAUCAGACAGUCAGGUAUCCAAUCCAUGAUCCUCGUGUGAACUGCUAUGGUGACAAAGAGGAGCUGCCUGGGGUCAGGACAUAUGGAGUGAGAGACCUCAAUGAAACUUAUGAUGUCUACUGCUUUGCUGAGAAGAUGACAGGCAGAGUUUUCUACACUGCUUCUGCAGAAAAGUUCAGCUUCUCUGAGGCUGUGUCGGCCUGUUCUAAUCGAGGAGCUAAGCUAGCCACCACAGGUCAGCUCUACCUGGCCUGGCAGGGUGGGAUGGAUGUCUGCAAUGCUGGCUGGCUGGGAGACAGGAGCGUCCGCUAUCCCAUCAACAUUCGUCGGCCUCAGUGUGGAGGAGGUCUGCUGGGGGUGCGAACUGUUUACCUCCACACAAACCAGACAGGAUACCCACUCCCUGACUCUCGCUAUGAUUGUUUCUGCUACACAGAGUCCCCUGAUGAAGAAGGUUCAGGUAUCAUAGAAGAGGGAAGUGGUGUGCUCAGUGUUACCACGGUGACACAGAGCCCAGAUGUGUUCUUGUGGAGGACGACAACAGAAAGUGAGGCCGUUGGAGAGGUAGAGACGCAGCAACCCACCGUAGUGGAAACAGAAAGCCCCACCCAGCUGCCACUGCCCCAGCCGCCCAACGUCACUGAGCUCAUCACUGACAUGAUAAAGUCAGUUACCGCCCGGCCCAAUGUCGGCAGUGAUCGCAGCAAAGUCUUUGUGAUGCCUCCAACUGGUGUGGUCUUCCAUUACCGCUCAGGCUCUGGUCGCUAUGCAUUCACCUUUGUUGAGGCUCAGCUCGCCUGCCAGAGUGUUGGGGCCUCCAUUGCCACACCAGAGCAGCUGCAGGCAGCAUAUGAGGCUGGAUAUCACCAGUGUAAUGCAGGAUGGGUACUGGACCAGACUGUAAGGUAUCCCAUUGUUUUCCCUCGAGAUAAGUGUGCUGGAGAUCUGGGAGAUCAACCUGGAGUUCGGUCUUAUGGUUUGAGGCCAGCAGAUGAGAAAUAUGAUGUGUACUGCUAUGUUGAUGGACUCAAAGGUGAGGUUUUCCAUGUGGGAUCUGCUGAGGGUUUCACCUAUGACGAGGCUUCCUCUAGGUGUCAAGAGCAGAGCGCUGUGUUGGCCUCCACUGGAGAGCUCUAUGCAGCCUGGAAAAUGGGUUUUGACAAGUGCCGUGCUGGCUGGCUGGUGGAUCGAAGCGUCCGUUAUCCUGUCAACAACCCCCGCCCUGAGUGUGGAGCAGGGAAAUCAGGAGUGCACACUGUGUACACUCACCCCAACCAGACACACUACCCUGAACCCAACGCCAGAUUUGAUGCAUACUGUUUCAGAGUGGACUUCCUACUAAUUGCAAAUGAAACUGGACUGAACAUCACAGAUAUCCAGGAGGCCCUCCUAAACCUGACAUCAGUUACUGAUUUGUUUAGGCCUACUGUUCACUCUAUUGCUCCUCCCAUCCCUGUGGACACAUCAGGCUCUGGUUCAGGCUCAGCAGAAUUCGGUUCCGGUUCAGGGUCUGCAGUCGAUAGUGUCUCUGGGGGUCACUCUGGGGACCUGUCUGGUUCUGGAGACCUCUCUGGUUCUGGAGACCAGGUUACCUCUGGGGACCUUUCAGGCUCUGGAGACCUCUCUGGUUCUGGAGACCAAAUUACCUCUGGAGAUCAGUCUGCUUCUGGAGACCUGUCUGGUUCUGGAGACCAGGUUACCUCUGGGGACCUUUCAGGCUCUGGAGACCUCUCUGGUUCUGGAGACCAGAUUACCUCUGGAGAUCAGUCUGCUUCUGGAGACCUCUCUGGUUCCGGAGACCAGGUUGUCUCUGGGGAUCAAUCUGCUUCUGGAGAGAUGUCUGGUUCUGGAGACCUAGGUGCUGAGCUGCUGAGUGGAGAAUCAGGUCUUGGCAGUGCCCAUGCUUCUGGAUCAGGUCUCAGUGGAGAAGAAUCUGGCAUCAAUGUUGUUUUUUCGGGAAUUGACAGCAUUGCUUCUGGAGAGGGCUCCGUUUCAGGAGGACUACAAGAAGCUGGAGAGGGGAGCACAGGGAUCCUUAUCUUCUCAUCAUCUGAAUCAGGCUCUGGAGUGCUCAGUGGUAGCAGGGACCUGUCAGGAUCUGGCGUUGAAUCUGGGAUCAGCUCUGCAGAGAGUGGCUCUGAGGAAAGUGGACAAUUCUCCGGAAUGACAUCUGGUUUCAUCACCACUCAGGAGUUUUCUGGGUUCAGUGGUGUCCCGUCAGGAUUCUUCUCUGGAAGCGCCAGUGGAGAGUCAGGAGAGCUUUCAGGAAGUGGAGACGCUCAGGUCUUACUGAUAGAGGAUGAGCUGAUUGAUGCAUCCACUCCAAUGACCCACAAGGAGUAUGAGCUUGGCGGAGGCCUGCUGAUGUUCAGUGGCUCUGGAGACUUUUCGGGAUCUGGGUUACUCAGCGGCGAUCUCAGUGGCGAUCUCAGUGGUGAUCACAGUGGUGAUUUCAGUGGCUCGGCUUCAGGAAGUGGCCCAGGAUUCUUCUCAGGCGUGACAUUUGUGGGUUCAGGGUUCACCGAGCUUACAGUGUCAUCCUCUGGAGAGCAAGAGGCGUCUGGGUUUUUACUGUACAGCUCUGGACAGGGAAGUGGUGGACACAUGUCUGGAUUUGGAAGCGAGAGUUUCACCUCUGGGUCUGGAUCAGGAAUGUCUGGAUCUGGAAUAUCAGGAUCUGAGUCCUCUACAAGCGGCGGAGAAGAAGAAGAAGGCAGUAUUACAUUUUUGACUGGGGAUUUCAUGACAGAGGUAUCUGGAGACACUAUGCUGUCUAUGGAGCUUGGGCAGGGGUCAGUGGAGUACAGUGGAGAAGGAAGUGGUAGCAGUAGUGACUUGUACUCUGGUAGUGGAGAUGACUAUUCAUCCACACCCAGCGGCUUUUCUUCAGGGACUUCCUCCGGAAAUCUGCCUCAGGUGGUGCUGCCAUCUCCGUCUAGUGAAUGGACACUUACAGAAAGCACGACAGGACCAGAGGAGGCCCUCAGUGCAGCUGACUUGUCGCAGACUCCUGAUGAUGACUAUGUGACCCAUGCUCCCGCAGUCGCCCCUGCAGGACUGGCUGCCCCUCCCACUGCAGCUACACCAGCCUCUGUGCAGCCACCAGGCCAUAUAGGAAAAACUGAGCCAGUAGAAGGUGGCUUUAACCCCUGUGAUCCCAACCCCUGUGGCGCUGCUUCAUGCGCAGUAGAGGAUGGAGUUCCUCUCUGCCAUGAAGUAGAUGUGUGCCACUCCAACCCUUGUGCCAAUGGAGCCACCUGUGUGGAGAGUGCAGACUCUUACAAAUGCUUAUGCCUGCCCAGCUACGGAGGGAAACGCUGUGAGAUCGACGAGCAGCAGUGUGAGGACGGUUGGACUAAGUUUCAGGGGAACUGCUACCUGCACUUCUCUGACAGAGAGAUGUGGCAGGAUGCAGAGAAUCGGUGCCGGGACCUGAACGCCCACCUGGUCAGCAUCAUCACCCCAGAGGAGCAAGAUUUUGUCAACUCAAAUGCACAGGACUAUCAGUGGAUUGGGCUGAACGACAAGACCGUAGAAAAUGACUUCCGCUGGACAGACGGCACUCCACUACAAUUCGAGAACUGGAGGCCAAACCAGCCAGAUAAUUAUUUCAACUCAGGAGAAGACUGUGUGGUGAUGAUCUGGCAUGAGAACGGCCAGUGGAACGACGUGCCCUGCAACUACCACCUGCCAUUCACCUGCAAGAAGGGACCGGUGUCUUGUGGUGCCCCACCGGAGGUCAUGAAUGCUCACAUGUUUGGUAACAAGAGAGAGGAGUACCCUGUCAACUCCAUUAUCCGGUAUCAAUGCAACCCAGGGUUUAGACAGCGCUACCCUCCGGUGGUUCGCUGUAAAGCAGACGGACAGUGGGAGAAACCCCAGGUGGAAUGUACUGACGUGAAAGCCAGAAAAAGAAUACAGCUGAGGAGCAGCAGGAGUCGGGCAGCCAGUGGCAAGCUUCACUGAGAAGGAAAAAGAUGAAUUAAUUAUAUUCGAAAGAACAUUUACAGCACAAGAAAAUCCAUUUUCCAUUUUAGUGAAGAUGAUUUGAAGGGUAAAAUUUGCUGAAAGGCCCACAUGAAGGAUGCUACAUCAUGGUAAUGUGAUUUCUGUUUGUUCUAUCCCCUGCCCCUGAUAAUAUAUUUUAAUUAGAUACACUAAUUUUAUUGCUCUGAGUUCAUUUUAAUUGUGUGUACUGUAAUAUAAUUUUGUUUGGGGAAAUCAAUGCUGGGAUAUUUUGCUCUGUAUGAGUUUUACAUUCAUAGAUGGCAGCAUCUGUCUGGUUCAUUGUAGUCUGCUGUAGAUCUGUAUCACAGAGAUGGAUGUUGGUGGAUGUUGGCACAAUAGGAUUUGUUGUAGAACUGGUUUAUGUUGUAAGGUACAAAAAUGUUGUGUGUUUGUUUGUUACUCAUAUAGCAUAGCUCAUUGAAAUUUCUGUAGGAGACAAAGCACAGCAGGGGAAGAUACUCCUUUGGCAAAUUAAAAGGAAAUACAGUUUUUUUUUUUUUUUCAAAGUUCACAUCAAUCAUCUGAGUUCCCCUACGGUUCCUGUCCUUCCUGCUGGUUUCUACACUCAGUCAGUGUAGUUGCAGAUAUCAGGGCUCAUUUUUCUUCCUUUAAAGAAGCACCUUGCUGCCACUUGUUCCUGUGAUACAGCAUGAAAAACAACUUUCAAAGAACAAGGCAAUCCAACAGGAAACACAGUAAAAUUGUCUGUUUUAAAGCUGCUCAGAGGUGAAAGUGGGGGAGGGACAUUAGAGAGCUGUUAGAAGAUAAAUAGUUUUUCCAGGAAGACUGGGACUGUGGGUCGCUUAUUCUCUUGUUUUAUUGAACAUUAUACCUGGUCAAACCUUCUUAAAUAAGCGGAAACAGGGGGAAAAAAGCAAUAAUAAAGUAAACUAAGAGAAAGCAAAGCCAACAAACUGUAAAGUUGUAAUAAUGGUGGUUUACAGCAGAGACUUCUGUCAGCGUGAAGACACAUCUUUUUAUUUAUUGAUUCCACACGGUGUCACAGAGUCUCUCUGCUGGACUGAGCCAGUAACUGUUAAAUAUAAAAGAGAGAUUCAAUUAUACCACAGCAGCAUCAGCAACACACAGUAGGGUGAAUUAGGUUCUACCAGCUCCAUACUAUACAUCCAAUCUGUAGAGGAUUAAGAGAUACUGCAUGUGAACCCACAGUUUGUCAUGUUUGAGUCUUUUGUUUUCUGUGUGUUUGGUCACUGUCAUCUUCCAUGAGGCUGUGCAGUGCAUAGUGUUUGUGAGGAGCAUGUGUCAGUGUAAUGUACCUGUUAUCUACUUCAUUUUUUGUAACGUCAGAGGAAAUAACCUCACUGUAAACACUACAGUGUGAACUGCCUGCUUUCAUUUGUGCACUUGUUUUGUGUCAUUGUUGCUGUAUGUGGAGGCUGCGCCUCCUUCAAUCAUACAGUCACCUGCUGAAUGAUAAACCAAAGACUAAGACUUCAGUUUCCAAGCUGUACAUGUAUCUGCUGUAGACCCUUUUAUUCUCUAAUUUAAAGGAUAAAGCUGGUAAUAUUUUACAUUCCUUGUGUCAAGCUCAUGAAAAAACUAAACCCAAUCCAAAGCCUGGUAUUUUAUUUCUCUGGGCCAUAAGGCUCAAUUUCUUUUCCCCAAAAAACACCUCACUGAGUGACACUGUUGCAUUGAGUGAUAUUUUCCUUGGAUUGCAUAUUCAUCCACUCCUGAAAAUAGUCCUCAACAAAUGCACUAUUUCCUCUUGUUUGAGUAAAAAACUACAGUGGCCAGCUGUUAUUUAUAAAACUACUCAGCCCACUUAAAAAUGAAACUAUAUAUUUGUGACCUAUUUUUAAAGAUUUACUGAAAAAAGGUACUGAAAAAUGGACGUGAACUAAUUGCAGGUUAAAAUCUUUUCAUGGGAUUUCUUGACAUGAAGAAAGACUCCAGUCUUAUCCUUAAAAUGCACAAACAAACAUCAAGUUGAUUACAAAAUCACCACAGCAGACAAAGCAGUGGUGUAUGGAUUCAGACAUGGGGCAAAAAACAUGGGGCAGAUCAAAAAUGAGGAACUAAUAUAACAGAGAUAAUAAACAGAUAAAUAAAGAUAUAUUUGCCUCAUCCUUGUUCGACACUGUCUUUUGAUUUUGUGUUGUUUAAUGUUUAAUAGCACCAAAUUGUUACAGAAUGAAUCCACACGUAGCCGUGUCUGAACACUUGUGUUCUGAAAACAUAUCAAUCAGUGCCAAAUAAAAACAAUUUGGUUCUCA